AUGCGGUCGCUCUACUUGGUACUCGUGGCCGCCUUCGUGGCCGCCACGCACAGCGCGUGCCCGGACGGGCAGUGGGAAGUCUCGCUCCUCAACAGUGGCACGGUCUACUGCGUCGGCGGCGAGCCGUGCUCGGGCAGGUACACGCCCGGCCAGUCCUUUGGCAAGUACUUUUGCCCCCAGGAAGGCCAGCCCAACGUCGAUGGCACGACGACGCUCCAGAUGCAAACGUGCUGCGGCGUCAUGAACGGCAACAUCAUGGGCUGCCAGCCCAAGACGGACAACGUCCAAUGCGUGGGCCCGCUGCCGGCGCCCUACAAGACGCCGGCGCCGACGACGAGCGCCGACACCACGACGUCGCCCGUGACGACGACCCCUACCGAGACGACGCUGUCGCCCGAUGCCACGACGCUGUCACCGAACGCCACGACGCUGUCACCGAACGCCACGACCUUGUCGCCGAAUGCGACCACUCUGUCACCGAACGCGACGACUUUGUCGCCGGACGUGACGACCACCGACAGUUCGAGCUCGGGCUUGGAAACCAAGUGGAUCGUCUUGAUCGCGAUCGGCGCGGUUGUCCUUCUCGCCCUCAUUGGUGGCCUCUUCCUCUUCGGUAAGAAGCGCGAGUCGCCAUCGUACCUCGAGUCGCCUGCGGGUGAAGAGAUGCUGACGCCUGGCCCGGGCUCUGCCGCUGGCGGCGCGCUCACGCCCCGACACAACGUCACGCUGUUGUAA